UAUGAUUGAAGUAUCUCAUAAAAGCUUGCAAUUCCAAUAAGGUCUAUUAAAUAGAUUAAGAUUCAAGAUUAGAAAUGUAAGUGAUGUACCAAUUACAUUCAGAAUUAGAUGCAAUAACAAUACAAAUUAUAAAUUAGAUCAUUAUGUGGGACUUAUUCAUAGUCAUUAAGAAUUUGAGAAUUGCAUUUAAAAUAUUGAAGCUGCUGUAAUCUAAUCUAAAAUUAAAUUAGGAUAUUAAAUUAUUUGGAGAUUAAUUAGAAAUUUAAUAUGCAGAAUUUAUAGAUCCUUUAUAAGAUUUGAAAGAUUUUUGGAAAUCUAGAAAAAGUUUAGAACAUGUCAUUAUUACUAUUGAAGUUUUAGAUGUAUAAUAAUAAUAAAAAGAAGCUAUCUUAGCUGAAUUAUAGGUUAAAUCAUAAACAUUACAAAAAGAAUUAUAAACUAUUAAAUAAUAAUAUAUUUAGGUUUAGAAAUCUGCAGUUGAUAUCAAUUAUUUUAAUUAAUUUUAAGAAGGAUUUACUGUAGGUUAAUUGAUGAUUGUUAUUGUAAUAGGAUUGUUUUUAGGUGGCAUUUUUAGAUGA